AUGGACUCCAUGGAUAUCGACACUAAAUUUCUAGAAGGCGGUACCGCCCAACUUGCGGCGGUAGCAAUUGGAAUCCUCCUGCACUUGUUUGUUUUCCGCAUUGGUGAAUGGGAUCUUGCAACCACAAGCCUGAUCGUCUCCUUCUUCGGCCUCCAAUUGAUCCCUGCUGCAGCACUAUCGUACCUCGUCUCGGACCAUGUCUCAUUUACUGAGUCUCAAAUUAUUAUUUCGCGCCUUGCGUUCCUCGCACUAGGUGGCAUCUUUUCCUCCAUGCUUGUCUAUCGCGCGUUCUUCCAUCGACUUUCCAAGUUCCCAGGUCCCUUCUUGGCUCGUCUAUCCAACUUCUACGUAACUUCGCUCUCAGCCAAAGAUUUGCACCUGUACGAAGAGGUUCAGGACCUGCACAGAAAGUAUGGCGAUAUCGUGCGUCUAGGCCCUUCCGAGUUAUCCAUCACCAACAAGCAUGCUCUCGCCGCAAUCCACGGGGCUCAAUCACCCUGCACCAAGGGACCUUGGUACAAUGUUCUGCACCCUCUGGUUUCGCUACAAAUGAUUCGCAACAAGCCGGAUCAUAUUAAGCGCCGACGCGUUUGGGAUCGUGGGUUCAGUGCAAACGCUCUGCGUCAAUACGAGCCCAGAGUUCAAAACUACACAAACCAGCUGAUGGAGCAACUCUCAAAGCGGGAGAAUACGCCCGUAAAUGUCACAGACUGGUUCAACUUUUAUAGUUUCGAUGUCAUGGGAGACCUGGCUUGGGGAAAGUCCUUCAAUAUGCUCCGAGACGGAAUCAAGCACUACUUCAUGAAAUCUCUUCAUGCUGACAUGACCAAUGUUGGCCUUUUCAGUCAUUUGAUUUGGCUUUUUCCAAUCUUUAAAGCGACGCCUAUCCUCAAUAAAGAAAACAAAAAGUUUUGGGCCUGGGUUAGUCAGCAGGUCAACGAUCGUAAAAUGAUGAAGCCAAGCCAACAAGAUGUUUUUUCGUCCAUCUUAGAACAUCAUGAGAGCCAAGGAAACCCCAGCCAUCAGGAUGAAUUAAAUCUCGUCGGAGAUGCCUAUCUUAUUGCUGUUGCAGGAAGCGAUACGACAGCAGCAGCACUGACCUGCAUGUUUUUUGAGCUCUCACAGAACCAAGAAGCUUUGCAAGCACUCCAGAAAGAAGUCGAUGAUCUUUAUAAUUCUACAGAGAACGUCGAUGCAGUGGCUUUACAAAAGUUACAAUUUAUGGACGGUGUCAUCAAUGAAUCACUCCGCUUGCACCCCCCAGUCCCUUCAGGUGUGCAGAGAAUGACACCUCCAGAGGGUCUACGGAUCGACCAAACCUUUAUCCCAGGGAAUACCAUUAUCCAGAUUCCCUCAUACACAAUGUAUAGAGAUGAACGUUUCUUUUCUCGGCCAAACGAGUUCAUUCCUACUAGGUGGACUACUGAAAAGGAGUUGAAUGUAGAUGAUUCUAUUUUCAACCCUUUCUCCUCAGGCCGUUACUCUUGCAUCGGCAAGCAAUUAGGCUUAAUGGAACUGAGAGCCGUCGCAUCACGAAUUGUUCGCAAAUACAAUGUCAGUCUUGCGCCGGGCCAAGACCCCCAGGCGUUUCUAGACGGAAAAAGAGACACGUUCACGUUAGCAUUAGGCUCUCUUGAGCUCGUCUUUACACCGAGAUCACAAAAAGCGUGA